UUUUACAAAUAUUUGGACUGUUGCAUAACCUCAACCUCAGUACAACUGUAUGAACAAUUAACUGACAGUUGAACCUCGCUAUUUCGAACUCUCAGGGGAAAUGAAAUAUAGUUCCAAAUGGGAGUUCGAAAUAACUGAUAGUGAAUGACUGAAGGGCAAGGGAAAUGGUUUUGAGUUCAAGCUAACAGGGAAUUCACAAGUACGAACGAGCACGAUACGAUCGAAGUCCGGUACGAUCGGUUUUUUUCCGGGAAGUUCCGAAUUUUUUACCCGCGCAUAAACAACAUUUGAAAUGGCCGCACCGCUCACGUAAUGUCAUGACAGCAGAAUGCACAAUCUAGCCGCGGUACUUUUCUAUUUCUUGAGAAACGUUAAAAUGAAAAACUCAAUAGUUUUAGUAGUUUUCAAACUGAAUGUUGCUGUCGGCGAUCAAGCGAAAAUUUUCCGCUUUUAAGUGUUUCUCUUUGUUGUUGAGUCUUGCGCGAGCUGAGUCAGCUGAGCCGUUGGCCUCAAAGUUUUAAGACUUAGAUACUUCUCGAGAUCUGCCUUUGGCAUUUUCUUAUUUUGAGGGAUGGGCACAGGUGCAAGCUCGAAUCCUGCACGAUUAACCUUAAAUACCGGUCUUGCUACGUCCAGAUGGAAAUCGAGGGCGCAUUCGACGCAGUCUGAGUCCAAUAUCUCCAGUGCGAACUUGCAGCAAGAAAACGAAACAACUUCUCAAGCGAGCGUUGACAUAUUAAGCCCAAAUGAUGUCAAGGUUGAAGGCAGGUCGAUCCCAGUAAAAGGCAACAAGAAAGUCACUAGUGGUGCAGCCAGCUCUGCACAAGUUGGUACGAAACAACAGAAGGCAAAAGAGAAAUCCAGUGAAACAAAAAGUGCUGUAGCAACAUCUGCAAAGCCCCUUCAAUUUGGAAAUAAAAGCAAAUCAACAGCAAAGAAAAAUGCCAAAACUGUAGAGGCAAAAAAACCCUCAACAACUACUGCUUUGAAAUCAAAAGGACGGAAGAAGACUGUUCAAGGUUCAGUAGGAUCUGAUUUUUUUGAGAGGGUUGAGCGAGUAUUGCAAGGAUUAAUAGAAGAAAACUGUCCAGUGAAUUCAAGAACCAUCCGCAUCUUCAUGAGCUCCACCUUCACUGGUAAUGUUCGAUCCUGGGGGGAACCCCCAAUAAUGUCCUAUAUGGGGAGGCUCCGCCCAAAAAGGGUAAAGGAUUUCACAAAUUGA